GUGACCAGAAUAAAAACAGCAACACCAGACUCAGAGCAGGGGGGGGGAAGCAGAGUCGUCUCCCCUCUUGUAAUGACACAGCGUCUCCCCCGUAUCUUUUUACCUUUCUCACUCUACUUGUCCGCUCUUUGAGACCUCGGGGAAGAGGUAAUUAGCUGGGAGAGAAUAAAACCAGCUGAUCGGGAGAGGGGUGGUGCAUUCUGGAGAGAGAUGGCUAACAGAAACACUCUCUUGCUCGUCUGUGGAGUCGUCCUCCUAGCGUUGAUUCAGUCCUCUCUUCAAGGAGGUGUGUAUGUGCCACCUGGUUCUGGAUAUAGACCAGGCGCUCCUUUGCCAGGGACUGGAUAUUUUCCAGGGUCAGCUGGAGGUGGUCCUGCAGGCUAUAAACCAGCAAAACCUGGAGCAGUAGGAGGUUAUGGCGGUGGAGGCCGAGGAGCUGGGACCGGCGGUUUGGUACCAGGAGGAGUGGGAACGGGCAGCCUUGGCUACGGAGGGCUGCCAGCAGGACAAGGAGGAAAGCCUCCAAAACCAGGUUAUGGAAAUCUAGGAACUGGGAUCGGCGGUUACGGAGGAUAUGGUGGCGGUACUGGAGGGUUUUACCCGUCACAAAAAGCUGCUGCCAAAGCAGGUGCUGGAGCAGGAGUGGGACCUGGAGGUGCUGGAACUGGACCCGGUGGAGCACCUGUUAUUCCUCAGACAGGCCUUCCAGGAGGAGCCGGUGGUGCAGCAGGAAAGAAAGCUGCCAAAGUGCCAGGUGUGGGUGUUCCUGGACUUUACCAAGGAGGAAUUGUACCAGGAACUGGGUUUGGUGGCCGUGGGGUUCUGCCUGGGGUCGCUACUGGAACAAACCUAAAUCCCAAAUCAAUUGGAGGACAACAAGGGGGCCAAGUCCCAGGAACCAGAGGGUUUGGUGGGCCAAUGCAGCCAGGUGUAUUCCAUGGUUACCCCCUCAAAUCACCCAAAGCGCAAGGGGGCUACGGUGCUAAACCUGGAGGUGGCAAAGUUCCCUAUGGUUACGGGAGUUAUGGUGUUGGUGGAGCUGGACUUCCAGGAGGAAAAGCUGGUCCUGGAUCAAAGCCUGGUUAUCCUUUCGGAACUGGAGUGGGUCCUGGAGGCUUCUUACCUUCUCAAUCUAAAGCUGCUAAAUAUGGUGCUGGCGUUGGUGGUGUUGGAGGCGUUGGAGGCGUUGGUGGUGUUGGAGGUGUCGGAGGCGUUGGUGGUGUUGGAGGCGUUGGUGGUACUGGUGGACUAUAUCCAGGACAGGUGCCAGGAGGAUAUGGACCUGGGUCCAAGGCUGCUAAAUAUGGAGUACCGGGAGGAGUACCGGGAGGAGUACCGGGAGGAGUACCAGGAGGAGUACCUGGAGGAGUACCUGGAGGAGUACCGGGAGGAGUACCUGGAGGUGCACCAAUUGGAGUACCAGGGGGAGGUGGAUACCUCCAACCAGGAAAAGCUGCCAAAUAUGGACUAGGCGGAGUCGGGGGAACGGGAGGAGUCGGAGGAACAGGAGUAGCAGGAAUAGGAGGAGUCGGAGGAAUAGGAGGAGUGGGAGGUGGUGGAUACUCUCCUGCAGCCAAGGCUGCCAAGUAUGGUGUUGUACCAAGAGUUGGUGGAGGAGUCGGUGGUGCAGGCGUUCCUGGAACACAGUUUCUACCUGGAUAUGGAUCUCCUCAGACAGGCCUCGGAGGAGUAGGAGUCCCUGGUGGAGGAGGACAGGUGCUACCCGGCGGUGGCUAUGGUGGUUAUGGAGGCGGUGCAGGGGUCAAACCUCCAAAGUAUGGAGUUCCAGGAGGAGUUGGAACAGGAUUUGGAUAUGCAGGACUGGGAGGAGCAGGAGGAGUGGGAGGAGGGCCUUUUGUCCCAGCAGGGGGACAAUACUCUGCAGCAGCAAAAGCUGCCAAAUAUGGAGUUGCAACAGGAGGUGCUGGAACAGGAGUGGGAGCAGGAGGAACAUUAGGAGCCCAAGGAGCCGGACAAUAUUCUGCAGCAGCCAAAGCAGCUAAAUACGGAGUCACAGGUGGUGCUGGGACAGGACUGGGAACAGGAGGACUUGGAACAGGAGGACUGGGAACAGGAGGACUGGGAACAGGAGGACUGGGAACAGGAGGACUUGGAACAGGAGGACUGGGAACAGGAGGACUUGGAACAGGAGGACUGGGAACAGGAGGACUUGGAGGAGUACAAGGAGGUGGACAGUACUCUGCUGCUGCAAAAGCUGCUAAAUACGGUGGUGCUGGGACUGGACUGGUACCAGGAGUAGGAGGAGGGACUGGACUGGUACCAGGAGUAGGAGGAGGGACUGGACUGGUACCAGGAGUAGGAGGAGUACCAGGAGGUGGACAAUACUCUGCUGCUGCAAAAGCUGCUAAAUAUGGUGGUGCUGGAACAGGACUGGUACCAGGAGGAGUGGGAGGAACACAAGGAGGUGUCGGACCUGGUGCGACUCCGGACACGUCCGUCAGCGGCAUUGCAAAUGGCUCCGUAUCGGCUGUAAAACCAGGGAAGGAAGUAGGUGUUGGCGGAACUCCUCAGCCAGGGCCCACUCCUAUCGCUGCACUUAAUAAGGCCCCAGAGGUCCCACAGCCCAGCGUUGGCACAACUGGUGGACAAGUUCAACCCGGCGCUGGAGUCAAACCACCAAAGCCAUAUGUACCAGUUCCAGGUGCAGGUGGAUAUGGAUAUCCAUAUGGAGUUCUUUACGGUACUGGUACCGGUACGGGUAUCGGCACCGUGCCUGGGCAGGGAGCAGGAACAGGAGUGAAAUAUCCAGUUGCAGGAGGCAGAGUAGGAAUCCCUCUGGCUGCAGGAGGCUAUCAAAUUGGACAGGCGGGAGCUGGUAGUGGAGUCAAACCACCCAAACCAGGUUAUGGUAACCUUGGAGGAGGAGGAGUUUAUCAGCCAGGUGGUGCUGGGACGGGACUGGGACCUGGAGGAGCACCAGUCGCACCAGGAGGUGGACAAUACUCUGCUGCUGCAAAAGCUGCUAAAUAUGGUCUUCAAUCAGGAGUUGGACCAGGAGGAGUUCAAACAGGUGUGGUUCCUGGUUAUGGUGGAGGAUACCCUCAGCAAUACGCCCCAGGUCAAUAUGCGCCAGCCUCACUGACCCCACAACAAGCCAAGGCAGCAAAGUAUGGUGCGCUGCAGGGCUUCCUUGGCGGAGGAGGAGGCGGAGGAGGCGGAGGGUUCUACAGAGGUGGCGCUGCAGGAUGCCAGGGUAAAUACUGUGGGAGGAGGAAGUAGAGGAUCUCCAGAUCCAGUGACCUCAAGACACCAUGGUGCUACUGCAUGAUCUAGAAUGUACAUUUUAUAUGCAAACAAAGCCCGAUUAGACAACCUGUAUAGAUGUUUGUUGUUGCUUACUUGACUUCAAUGUCUGUUUUUCUACAAACCCACCGACCCAGAAUUUUGUACACGUUCUGUUGUGAACAUAUGUUAUAGAUAGUGCCUUUUGAUUAUCAUGUAUGUGUUCCAGUUAAUCAGCUUUGACUCUUUGUACCCCGUCACAGGAGUUAGAAAUGCUUCGUGUCUUCAGUGAGUGUGUGUUUUUAUUGUGAUGAUCAGGCUGACCUUUGUGUUUUAACCCCUAUGGACGUGUCUCGCCCGUCUGAGCAGAACUCGCCGCCUCUCGGGGAGGGUUGGUUUGGUCAGAGCUCGCCCAAACACUGAUCAGAUCUGUCCAAUCUGCUCCCCGCUCUUCCUCCGCUGCUAUUUUUAGCCGUGCUGAGUGUAAAGCGGCAGGAGCUUGCUCGGGCCAACCCAUCUGCUCUGAGAUUUUGCUGAUUCUUGUCGCUGUGCAGUGAAGUCUUCUCAGCACUUUCUGAUCUUUGAAGAACAGAGAGACGAACGCAAUUGACACGUCUUUUAAUGCUUUACAGGGAGAGAAAAGCAGCCGGCCAGACGUAGAUGUCAGGCUGACAUGAACUUUAUGUGUGGUUGAAUGUUGGGUGUGUAGUCUCAUUCAUUAUUAUUUUAUUUUACCUGUUAUAAGUGUUUGGACUCAUAGCUGUAUUGUUAUCAGGAAAGCAUAAAACAAGAACAAUCUUUUUGCAUUUAUCCUCUGUUACUAAUUAUUACAGGCUUUGUUUAAUGGGGGAGGAUGUGCAUUUAUGUGAGGCAUAAAAAUCCUCUUGAUUAUUUACUUGAGCUGCUUUUAUCAGGCUUUACUGACCAAAGGUUUCUGAGUGCUGUUGCCAAUGUGACCGCAUCUCUCCGUGUGUAACUAUGUACUGUAUUUUUGACUAAUUUUGAUGUUAGCUGGCUUCAGUUUCUUCCACUCGGGGCUGCGUGAGAACUGUCUUUGAGCCUCGCCGGGUUGGACCAUGUCAGAUGUGACGUGGGACGCUCUUCAUCUUUAUUUAAAACUGUUGUCAGAAGGAGGAAUGGUGUGGUUUUGCACUUUUUUUUAUGAUCUCCACGACACAUGCGACUCGAUCCUAGACAUCCUGGCAAUGUCUUUUCUUUAACAGAUAACAAAAUAAAUGUGUUUAAAGAA